AUGGCGGCUCCACGUGUCAGCUUCUCCGACAAGGACAUGGAGAACGGUGGUGAGGGUGGCCAGGAGAGAUCUCGCAAGUGGUCGCAGGCUCCUGGCAACAUUGAGGAUCUCGACGAGUACACCGCUCUGCAAAAGUACAUUUCGACCUACAGAGAUCCCAAGCUCGCUCAGCAGGAGGAGCAGGCCAACAACCACGCUGAAUCYCAAAAGAAGAAGCCAUGGCAGUUUUGGAAGAAGUCCGAGUCCACCGCCGUGGAGGGACAGGACACUGUCGUUCCGGACGAGUGGCUCACCGCCGACAUCCGCCAGGGUAUCACCGCUAGCGAGGUUGAGGCUCGCCGCAAGAAGUUUGGCUGGAACGAAAUCACCACCGACAAGGAGAACUUGUUCAUCAAGUUCUUGAUGUUCUUCACUGGUCCCAUUCUUUACGUCAUGGAACUCGCUGUCCUCCUCGCCGCCGGUCUUCGUUCGUGGAUCGACUUUGGUGUCAUCAUUGGUAUUCUGUUGCUGAACGCCGCUGUCGGUUGGUACCAAGAGAAGCAGGCUGCCGAUGUCGUCGCCAGCUUGAAGGGAGACAUUKCCAUGAAGGCCACCGUUAUUCGCGAUGGACAGGAACAGGACAUCAAGGCUCGUGAGCUUGUCCCCGGUGACAUUGUCGUCAUUGAGGAGGGCCAGUCUGUCCCCGCCGACGCCCGUCUCAUCUGUGACUACGAGCACCCCGAAGACUUUGAGAAGUACAAGGAGCUGCGUGAGCAGCACGCCUUGAACCCCGAGGAGGAUCCCGCUGGUUCUGAGGAUGCCGACGGUGACGACGGUGAGGGCAUCCAGCACCAGGGUCACUCCAUCAUUGCUACCGAUCAGUCCGCCAUCACCGGUGAAUCCCUCGCUGUUGACAAGUUCAUGGGCGAUGUCGUCUACUACACCACUGGCUGCAAGCGUGGCAAGGCCUACGCCGUCUGCCAGACAUCCGCCAAGUUCUCCUUCGUCGGUCGCACUGCCACUCUCGUCYAGGGCGCCAAGGACCAAGGUCACUUCAAGGCUAUCAUGAACAGCAUCGGAACCGCGCUCCUCGUCCUCGUCAUGUUCUGGAUUCUCGUUGCUUGGAUCGGUGGUUUCUUCCGUGGCAUCAAGCUCGCGACCCCUGAAGACUCCAGCAACACUCUCCUGCACUACGUGCUCAUUCUGUUCAUCAUCGGUGUUCCCGUCGGUCUUCCUGUCGUCACAACCACCACUCUGGCUGUCGGUGCCGCCUACCUCGCCAAGCAGCAGGCUAUCGUCCAGAAGCUCACUGCCAUCGAGUCCCUGGCCGGUGUCGACGUGCUCUGCUCUGACAAGACCGGUACUCUCACCGCCAACCAGCUCUCCAUCCGUGAGCCCUACGUCGCCGAGGGCGAGGAUGUCAACUGGAUGAUGGCUUGCGCCGCUCUCGCUUCUUCCCACAACAUCAAGUCUCUGGACCCCAUCGACAAGAUUACCAUCCUCACGCUCAAGCGCUACCCCAAGGCCCGUGACAUCCUCAAGGACGACUGGAAGACCGAGAAAUUCACUCCUUUCGACCCCGUCUCCAAGCGUAUUACCACUGUCUGCACUCUCCGCGGCGACCGCUUCACCUGCGCCAAGGGUGCUCCCAAGGCCGUUCUCAACCUUACCGAAUGUUCUAAGGAGACCGCCGACAUGUUCAGAGACAAGGCCACUGAGUUCGCCCGCCGUGGUUUCCGUUCGCUCGGUGUCGCUUACCAGAAGAACAACGACCCCUGGGUCAUCCUCGGUAUGCUUUCCAUGUUCGACCCUCCCCGUGAGGACACCGCCCAGACCAUCAUUGAGGCCCAGCAGCUCGGUGUCCCAGUCAAGAUGUUGACUGGUGACGCUCUCGCCAUUGCCAAGGAAACUUGCAAGAUGUUGGCUCUCGGAACCAAGGUUUACAACUCGCAAAAGCUCAUUCACGGCGGUCUCUCCGGUACUACCCAGCACGAUCUUGUUGAGCGUGCCGAUGGUUUCGCCGAGGUUUUCCCCGAGCACAAGUACCAGGUCGUCGAGAUGCUUCAGCAGCGUGGUCACUUGACUGCCAUGACUGGUGAUGGUGUCAACGAUGCUCCCUCUCUCAAGAAGGCCGAUUGUGGUAUCGCCGUCGAGGGCUCUUCCGAAGCUGCCCAAGCCGCCGCCGACAUUGUCUUCCUCGCCCCAGGUCUCUCCACCAUCGUCUUCGCCAUCAAGACUGCCCGCCAGAUUUUCCAGCGURUGAAGGCGUACAUUCAGUACCGUAUCGCUCUCUGUCUUCACUUGGAAAUCUACCUGGUCACCUCGAUCAUCAUCAUCCGCGAGGUCAUCGCUUCGGAGCUCAUUGUCUUCAUUGCCCUCUUCGCUGAUUUGGCCACUGUCGCUAUUGCCUACGAUAACGCUCACUCUGAGCAGCGCCCUGUGGAGUGGCAGCUGCCCAAGAUUUGGAUCAUCUCCGUUGUCCUCGGUAUUGAGCUUGCCAUCGCUACCUGGAUCGCCCGUGGUGCCAUGUACAUGCCAAACGGAGGUCUCAUUGCCAACUACGGUAACUUUGAGGAAAUUCUCUUCCUGCAGAUCGCCCUCACUGAGAACUGGCUCAUCUUCAUCACUCGUGGUGCUCAGACCCUCCCAUCGUGGCAGCUCGUCGGCGCCAUCUUCGGUGUCGAUGUUUUGGCAACUCWCUUCUGCGCUUUCGGAUGGCUCCACUCGAGCAUCACCCAGGAGCCUCUUCCAAGCCCAAUGGCUUCCUACCAACAGAGCGCCAACGGCCACAACGACCCCGUCACUUUGGUCAUUGUCUGGAUGUACUCUAUUGGUGUCAUGAUUGUCAUUGCCAUUACCUACUACAUGCUCAACAAGAUCCCCGGUCUCGCAGAUCUCGGUCGCCAAAACCGCAGCAUGCACGACACCCAGAUGGAGAACAUCAUUGGUCACCUUAGCAAGUUGGCUCUCAAGCACGAGAGGGAUGAGCACGGAGACGCGAGAUGGACCUUGGCUGCGAAGGCCACUGACGAGGAUGAUGAAGAUUAG